CUGGGAUCUUGAUGGUGUUGGCUCAAUCAGCCAGGGAGAGAGCUGUUAGUGAAGUGGCCCAAAGAUGGGAUUAGUCACAGGAAGGAAGCAGAGGAGCUGGAAGGCCUAGAGAACAAGGGAGGAUUUCCCACCCACACUGGAGCGGCCCAGUGGGGAUUGCUGAAGGAGGAGGCAUCAGGCUGAGAGGGGCUCCUGUACUCCCUGGACAGAGCAGCGCUGGCUCACCAUGCUGCCCCUAGUUGCCCUGUUUCUCCUGAUUGGGCGGUCAGUGUGAGCUACAACAGGGGACAGAGAGGAUCUGACCCUCAGCACAGAAGCAGAAUCCUGGAUGACCGUGAACCUGAAGGGACUCCCUGUUGCCAGCCUUGAACUCCAGCUUCAGGAGUUGAAGAGAAGCAGAACUCGCCAGUUAUACGGUCUGAUGGGGAAGCGGGUGGAAGGAAUACGUCCGAUCCAGCCAAGGGAAGGAAUGGGUUAUCAGCUGGGACGAAUAAUGCAGGACCUCCUUGGUGCGAGAGGCUUCUCCAUAGAAGGAGCCUGCAGACAGGAGACACACCACGAGAGUGCAGAGCCCGGAACAGUGGCCAGGGAAGGCCUCCAGAGUAAACAGGAAGACCAGACUCUCUCAAUCACCAGCAACGUGUAGCACUCUCCCUGGACACGGAAGAGGAUGACCAGGGUUUAGAGUGAGCCCCAAAGGACGCUUCCCAAAUGAUGCCAUGCCCACCUCUCCCUGAACGUUAUAGCUGAAGCGCCUCGGGCCAACAGUCCAGUGUCUUCUGUCCUUAACUUGGGCAUUCAUGCCAGGCCCGCACUGAGCCCUGCAUUUCUCCCAGGCCUCUUGGCACCAGGUAGCAAUGGCACACAAAGCAGUGCUGCCUCACAGGCUGCAGUGGCCCAGCUCUCCCUUGCACCCAGGCUCUCGUGUCUGUGUAUUACAGGGUAAGAUUCACACCCUGUAACUCAUGCCCAACAGUGGGGCUCCAUAAAAGUGAGCAGUGCAGAAGAACACAAAUAAAUUAAUCCCACACUAACUCAGAAUGAAGUAUAAGGGGUUCUUUAUUUAAGGGGGACUCACAGAUCACAGUCCUUUGCACACACGGGGAACAGGAACUGAAUCCAGCAUCCAGGUGAGAGGAGAGAGCUCAGGUGCACCUUUUUUUGUACUCAAGUCCACGCCCAACCUGCCAAGGCCUCUCCAAGGCCACAGCUGAAGGAGGUUCCUCAGCACCUCCCCUUUUUGUCUAAAUAAGAGUUCCAAACCCAAUACAAAACUAUACAUAGCAGGUAUCAAAUAUAAAAAUUAGAAUUACAACCAAAAUAAACAAUAUUAAGCAAGAAACAUAUGUUUUAAUAAUUAUUUUAUCCUAAGGAGUCUAAGUCUUGCAUUAGAAAUAGUUUGGCUAAGUCAUUAGAGGAAAGUAACUACGACUAUCUAAUCUUCAACCUCAUAGAAGACCUGAGAAGGGAAAUAUUACUUGAGUAAGCAGGAAGUGAAAUCAAGCAGCUUCCAAAAUGUGCAGUAAAUGACAGAAACAACUGACUACCUGGGCAAUCACCCAAAAUCUCAUUUGCAACGUUGGAGCAACCAACUUUGGCUAAGGCCUAGAGUAACUGACAGACCAUUUUCAGAGGCAGGAAAAUUUCCAAAACCAUCUUACCCUGUCUUGGUAAGGUUUUGGCUUUUUUUUUUCUUGUAUUUUGCUUGUCUGGUCUGGACACCGUGCAUUUUGUCAGUGGUCGAGGCAUUGCCCAAAGGCCAGUUUUGCUAAGAAGAAAACAAGCUCCAAGUGGAGUGUCUUUGGUGCUCAAUGUUCUCUCGGGAAUAGAUUGGUGCUGCCAGGAGCAAUCAUGUCUUAUGCCAACAGAACCCUAAGUUACUUAAAUGCCACAUUCUACAGUUCUGGGAUAAUAGGUAGACUAGUGUGAGCUUACUCACAGAGCGGUAACAAGUAGCUUUCUUGGCCAGGUAAGGCAGAGGGCAGGAUGUCAGAAGAGCAGAGCAAAAUUACACAGCCCAGGUCCACCCUCAGGUGGGAAAAGAACUUGGGGCCAGGCUAAGAACUGCAACAGAACCAAGAGUUCCUGAUGGGGUGGACUGCAUGCAUUUGGGUGUAAGAGGGAGUAGGGUCAGAGGCCUUCUUUUCCUUGGAUUCCUGAUAUUCCUGGCUUGAUGACAUGACUGAGUGGGUUUAAGGCAUUUGUUGCCAAGACCAGCAACUUGAAUUCAAUCCUCAGGACCCACAAGGUGGAAGAGUAAACACUUCCAAGUAGUCCUUUGACUUCUACAUGUGUGAGAUAGCAUAUGUGUACCAACACACAGACACAAAAUAAAGCUAAAAAAGAUUAAAAAAAAAAAAAAA